UUGAACAAUGACGUCAGAUCUCUUCGCGUGUUUCAGCCAUCUUGAACAAAGAAAUUGAAUCUGUGAUCGCCGGGUUUGUUAUGGACGGGUAAGAAAGCUGCCUUCCAAAAAAGUAACGAAGACCCGAUCAGAGAGUGACAGUAAUAAGAGGACGUUGGAGCAAUUUACAUCUAUUGGAAUGAAGCGUGGCCAAGAAGAAAUGAUGCAGGUGAAUGAUGGCAUCAGUGAUACAAAUGAUGCCAAAAAGCCAAAGUUUGACAAUGGUGGAAAUCCACCUUCUCGUGUGGUACAUAUUCGCAGUCUUCCCAAUGAUGCUGCUGAAACUGAUGUUGUUCAGCUUGGUAUGCCUUUUGGCAAAAUGACUAAUGUGCUAGUCUUGAAACAAAAAAACCAGGCUUUCUUGGAAUUCCAAGAGGAGUCCUGUGCAGUUAAUAUGGUUUCUUACUUCAAAACAAAUCCUGCUCAAGUUCGGCUGAAGUCUUGUUAUGUUCAAUUUUCAAAUCACAAGGAAUUAAAGACAGAUGCUUCCAAUGCACAAAACACCAGUGCUCAAGCAGCCCUUCAAGCAGCCCAAGGUCUUCUUGGUGCAGGUGGAGCUGUUGGUGGUGGUGGUGGUGGUGGGGAAACUACAAUCUUAAGAGUUAUUGUUGAUAAUGUCUUGUAUCCAGUCACUUUGGAAGUGUUACACCAACUUUUUUCAAGAUUCGGUAAAAUUUUAAAGAUCAUCACAUUUACCAAAAACAAUACAUUCCAAGCUCUUAUCCAGUUUUCAGAUCCUAUCUCUGCAGCUACUGCUAAAGAUUCACUUGACAAUCAAAACAUCUAUAAUGGAUGCAAUACUCUAAAGAUUGAUUAUUCAAGAUUGACAAAUCUCAAUGUUAAGUACAAUAAUGAUAAAAGUCGAGAUUUUACACGUCCAGAUCUUCCCACUGGAGAUGGAAUAGACAAUGGCUUACCAUUGGGCAAUCCAGGAGGAAAUUCGAUGGGGCUCGGUGGUCUUGGAGGAGGUGGUGGUUUUAACUUUGGAGGAGGUAGUCAAAUGGGCAACAGACUUGGCAAUCUUCAAGGGAUGAAUCAAGGCAAUGGCAGUCCUUGUGUUCUUGUUUCAAAUCUUGAUGAAGAGAAGGUUACACCAGAUGCACUCUUUAUACUGUUUGGUGUGUAUGGUAAUGUGCACCGUGUAAAGAUAUUGUUCAACAAAAAAGACAAUGCUUUAGUCCAGAUGGCUGAUCCAUCUCAGGCCCAACAGGCUAUCACAUACUUGGACAAAGCCAGACUAUGGGGUAAACAGUUGAGAGUAGCACCAUCAAAACACCAGCUGAUACAAAUGCCUAAAGAUGGACAGUCUGAUGCAGGUCUAACAAAAGACUUUGUCAAUUCUCCUCACCAUCGAUUUAAAAGGCUUGGGUCUAAAAACUACAUUUUCCCCCCAACUGCAGUUUUGCACUUGUACAAUGUGGCUACACUUGAAGAAGAUGAUAUUCGUAACAUGUUUUCAGAGUUUGGCAAUGUGAAGUCGUUCAAGUUUUUCAACAAUGAUCGCAAGAUGGCCCUCAUUGAAAUGUCAACAGUGGAGGAAGCUACUCUUGCUCUUAUUGGCUUGCACAAUAAUCAAGUAGGAGACAAUCUUCAUUUGAGGGUUUCCUUUUCAAGAUCCACCAUUUAACUUCUGAGCUGUUUGCUUCAAGGACUGAUUCGAAGAAUGUGUAGAUGCCACUGACUAUUGUUUCUCUCAUUGUGUUUCCUAUCUGUUCAUAUCCAUUGAUCUUAAGUGAGACUGAAGACUUUUUACUUGCUGUUUGAAUGAAAUCAUGGUUUUAAAUUGUCGUUGUUAUAUCAGUGUUUUAUAUUUUAUUUUAUAUGACGUUCAUGUAGAAUUGAACAUUGAUUUCUGUAAUAAAAUAUUUGAAUUGAA